AUGACGCUAACGCCUUACAGAUCUUCCCGUUUUGCAUCCAUCCAUAAGAGAUUUUGGAUGCUGGCCAUCAUCAAUACAAGAACAAUAAGCUUGCUAUUACUUCGAAGGAUAAGAAUUACAGAGAUGGUCACAUUACGAACACGACAAGCAAAACAUCAUAAUGAAACGGUCAUUCCGCCUAAACCAGAAGAAAGUAUCGCAAAGAAUUUUGUACGACAGAAAUCCACCGUCGCCAGCCAGGUGAACGGUACAAAACGUACGAAAGUUGAAAAUGGAACAGAAACAAUUGCGAUCGCAACAUCUGUAGCCGAAACACCUUCUCCGAAGAAGCGGAAAGCUACACCAAAGAAAGAGAGCGGGAAGCCGGCCACUGCACAUGUUGCAGAAGAAGAACAGCUACCGCUAUUAAGUCGUGAUGAAGUGAGCAAAGCAACAACGAUUGAUUAUCCAAGACUACCGUUCGAUCUGGAUGAAGCUGUUUCUCACUUACGCUCGGUAGAUUCCAGAUUCGAUACGAUGUUGGAACAAAUCGAAUUAAAGCCCUAUCAGGAAUUAGUUGAUGGCAGGGUACGUGAAUUGGACCUCUUUCGCACUCUGGCAACGUCCAUAUUGGGUCAACAAGUCAGCUGGCUAGCAGCAAGGGUGAUUGUAUAUCGAUUCGUUCGCUUGUUCCAUACGGAGCUUCCUGAAAAACCCGAUUUUGAUGCCAUACCGAGGGACUCGCUACCCUUUCCUCAUCCUAUAGAUGUUUGUCAAUCCGACGAUGCAUUCUUGCGUACGGCAGGCUUGAGUGGAGCAAAGGUGAAAUACGUCAAAGAUGUUGCAAGAAGGUUUAGUGAUGGUAGAUUAGAUGCACGUAAAAUCAUUACCCUAAACGAAGAAGAUUGUAUUGCGGAAUUGGUACAGAUCAAAGGUGUUGGAAGAUGGACGGCAGAAAUGCUAUUGAUGUUCGCAUUGAGAAGAGGAAACAUCUUACCUGUUGGAGAUUUAGGCGUUCAACGUGGAAUGGUAAUCUUUUUUACUUCAAAUUCAAAUCAACUCAAAAUCGAAGAAAAGAAAAGAAAACAAAAACAAGCAAAAAAAGAAGACGUUCACGAUUCACAAGAAAAGGUAACCGUCAUAGAAGAUCAUUUGACAGAAUCGCAAGCUCAGGUCGAAAGAGAGAUUCCGAACAUUGAUAAUAUCAAAGACGAACAUGAAACUGGACCGCACUUCAGUGCACCUCCCACUAACGGUCACACAAGUUACAAGAUUCCGCCACUACCCGAAGGAAUCUCUCCUUCCCUACUAAAGACUAGGCGAGAAGGAAAGAAGGCAAAAGGAAACGUAUACUUGACCCCUCCCGAGAUGGAAGCAUUGGCAGCAGAAUGGGCUCCUUUCCGCAGUAUUGCAGUGUACAUGAUGUGGGCUUUAGUAGACUGAGACAGCACACGCAAAUACUGUAUCAUACAAAUAUCCAUCAAAAGGUAUCAUUA